AUGUCUGCACCGUUUUUACUCGCUGACAAAGUGCAGGAGCAGCAGCAGGGACAGGCACCAGAGCAGAAGACCGACACACUCCAACAGCUCACAGGGACCCCAGGGCCCCCCCAGGCCCCGUGGGGCACGUACCUGUCAGUGCAUGGCAGCGUUGGGGUCUCCGCCUUGACUGUGAAUGGUUUGGUCAUCGUGGUUUCCAUCAGGUACAAGAAACUUCGGUCACUCCUGAUGUAUCUGGAGAACUUGGCCAUGGCCAUCCUGCUGGUGACCCUCUGUGGCAGCUCCAUCAGCUUCAACAACAUGAGUGUCUUCUUGGUGUUCAGCAAACAGCUGUGUGAGCUGCAGGGCUCCAUGGUCUGCCUGACAGGUAUCGUGGGGCUGUGGUCUCUGGCCAUCCUGGCCUCUGAGUGGUAUGUUGUGGUCUGCAGACCGGGAGACUUUCGGUUCCAGCACCAGCACGCUGCCGGCAGCUACACCUUCACAUGGAGCAGGUCACUGCUCUGGACAAGCCCCCAACUCCUGGGCUGGAGCAGUUAUGUUCUCAAAGGUCUCAGAACCUUUUGCAGACUCUACUGGAACACCAGUGGGUGUAGCAACAGUAGCUCCAUCUUGGCCUUGUUUGUCACCUUCAUGCUGCCCCUCAGCCUGAUUCUCUUCUACACCAACCUGCUGAUGACUCUGCAAGUGGUAAGUACGGUGAGUCCAGGAAUCAGACACGGUGCAGCAGGAGGUCACGCGAUGGUGAAUGCGAUGGCCUUCCUCAUCUGCUGGCUGCCCUACACCACGUUUGCAAGGGUGGUGGCCACCAACAAAGCCAUUGCCCUCCCACCAGCUCUCACACCCCUGCCCUCCUACGUCUCUAAGACCACCACAGUUUACAACCCAACCGUCUACAUCAUCAACAAUGCCCAGUUUCAGAGCUGCCUGCUGAAAACGGUGUCCUGUGGUCAACACCGGGGGGCAGAAAAAACAGCCCCAGCUGCCCCCGGCCCCUGCACAGGCACUGCUGCAGAUGGGCUGUGGAAUAAGGUGGCACCAUCUCGCCGUGCCUAA